ACGAAAUAUGUCGCCGGUCAAACGUUUGUUAGCCGGCUAAUGAUAAAAGUUUUAUUUACAGUAGUUUCAACGUAUUGCUGUCACUCUUGCGGACCGCUAGGUAGUGACAAUAAUGGAGCCAGUAUGGGAGGACCCUCCUGUCCCUGAGGCUCCUUUCUUUACCAGAGAUCUCUAUGACAAGUAUUCCCUUGCACCUACUAUCAGAGAACUGUGGGCCUAUCUCCAAAGUCCUGUAGAGAAAGCCAACAUAAAACAGGAUUGUGAUGUUGGGGCUUUGAAAGCCUCCUGCUCUUCCUCCACAGAAGAAGCAGUAGAGUUUAAAGACAACAGUUGCAUCAGCAAGGAAGAGUCCCGUUGGGACAGCUGUGAUAGCAAUGAUCCGUGUGCAGACAAUGCUGUGGAGGGUGCAGAAGAAAGUAAGGGUGCUAAAAAAUCAAGACUACAGCUGAAACUGGUCGAGAAUGAGGUUGAUGCUGCUUAUCCUGAACCCAGACUGCCCUUCCUCUGUAUAUCAAGCCUGUCCAGCAAAGAGCAAAAGACAUAUCUUGACAUAUUGAUGAGUAAGAAAAGAAGGGAUGCUCCAGAGAGAUUAAAGGCACGAGUGAACAAUGAAGUGAUGCAGUUCAUGAGAUACCUACAAGAUGUGGCCAAAAUAUGUGCUGACGACUACAACUUCAUUUCACAGGGAGCUAUGCAAUAUUCAGAGGAUUUCUUCAGGGGCUGUUUGGAGUGCAUUAAGACAUUUCCUCAGCUUUACCAGAUCCACGAAAUGACUAGUUUGACAGGGGGAAUGUUCAACCCAGGGCUGACGCUGACCUUUGAAAAACAGCUGCUAAUCAUGGGCAAUGUGGAUAUUACAGACCACAAGAUAGUGCCUGCUGACGCACAUCUUGCAACGGAUUAUCAGAGUGUUUCAUCAGAGAAUCCUCCAGCUAAAAAAGCUAAGGACAUGCACGCUACAGUCAGCAGUGAUAAUAACGCAGAGAACCUCUGCGCUCGUUAUGAGCCUCACGUGUGUCUGACUCGAGAUGCGCUGGUCAGGCUGUUAGACAACCAUGGCCCUGACUUUGGAGAGCAAUGGGAAAUGCCUGUUUGGGUCAAACUAAACACAGGAAAAGGCAGUUGUCAGAAGAAAACUGUGUACAUAGACUCACCUCUUCUAAAGACUGAAAUGACAGUGAGAGAAAGGAGCCAUAUCUACCAUGAGGAGAGUUUGAAGCUUUCCAUCAAGAAGAAUGGAAGUAAAAAUGUGUUUCAUUUAAUGACAGAGCUUCCUAUGAAUGAGCAGCAAAUCUCACAGGAGAGCUCCCAAAGAAAUUUAGUGUGUUUUGAAAACAGUGGUCUUGACUUUGCGGUGGACCUCACUGACCUUGAGACAUUCGGAGAGACGACACCCAGUAAAACCACCAAGAUGCAGAAAGAGCAGGAUGCAAGUGUUAAAAGUAGAACUAAAAGGUCCAUUGAGCAGCUUGUAAACACUUGCAGCAGUUCAGAAGAGAUGAACACCUCUUUGACGGAUAUAGACAAUUCCAUAACAGAGGAGACAACUCAGCCAGUUGUGAGUGAGACCAUUGUACCAAAAUCUGAACAAAUGAAACUGGGCUCUGUUCAAAAAAGUGAUGAAGACCUAGCUUUUACAGGAGACUCGGAUGAUGAGAAGCUGGUCAUAGACGACUGUGUGUCUCCAGCUGCAACACCUAAGACACAAUCAAAGCCUAAGACCGCAUCAUGCUCUGCAGACCCCCCGAUUACCCCUGUCUCUGAGCCUGUGCCUGCAAAUUCAGACUCCUCUUCCCCUCAAAAAGCUAAAAGGCAAAAGCGCCAAUCCAAAAGAGCAAAGGUGUCUGGAGACCAGCUGAGUGAGAUCCUGUGCAUGCAGACAGCCAUGUUCAGCUCUGCCAAAGACACAGCCAAAUGUUCCACCGUAUCACAGGAGACCAACCCACCCACCCAAUGUAUGGGACCCUCAGCUCAUUCCCAUCCGAUAUCUCUGGUUAAGCCUUGUGUGUCCUCAUAUUUAGAGAGAAACCAGAACAAGGAUGGAGAGACCUGGGCUGCUCCUCAUGAAUCUGCACCAGUGGUCAACAUUACUACCCCAGAGCACAAAAAAAUCCUGUCACAAGACCUGCAGGCAGGUGUGGAAGAUGAACAAGAUUACAAGGCUCCAGAGGAAGGCAACCUGCUGUACAAGCUCUACAGCCUGCAAGAUUUACUGCUCAUGGUGCGCAGUUCUGUGUCACUGACCCACACCAGAAAAGUAGGCGGCAGCCAAAACCAGUAUGUGCCAGUUCAGGUCUUGCCCAAGCUGGAGUACCAGUUGAAUUAUGGUGUUGAGUGUCUAACCAGCAGUGAGGCUUGCCAGCUGUGGACCGAGACAUUGCUCCACUCCAGCACUGUAUCCUACAUAGCUCACAUCAAUGCUCACACAUCAAAAGUGGCUCUGCUGAGAAAGCUGCCUGACGACUGGAAACAGAACAUCUCCUGUGGGUUCAAGCCGUCUAAGUCACUGAAUAUACUGCACCACCUCCUGAAAAAGAUGACGAGGUUAGAGGAAGGACAGUACCUGAUUGCGCACAAGGCAGGGGAACCAUUUGUGACCUUUUUAAAAGCGACUAAUGGGAAAGUGAGUCGGGGAGCGUACAACCUGCAGCAGGUCCAUAGCUCUGUCCCACAGCCCCCAGCCUCCGGCCCUGUGCCCUGGAUACCUGUUGAUCCAGCUGUGGUCCUGCCCUUCCACCAGAAACACGGCCGUGUCCCCUGCACCUUCCCACUGAAGACAACUAAAGAUGGGUCAUCGCAGUCCAACAGCCAUGGAGCUGGACAGUCGAAGAACAACAUGAAUGUAGGAGGCAAAACGAAGAAGAAAAAAAACAAACGUGCCGCCAGGAGAAACAAGUAUAUUAAAAAGCUAGUUCAGAAGUCCAUUUAAAAUCCCAGGUAAAAAGACUUAAUAUUGUGUCAUUCAUAUCAUGAACUGGGGGAGUCAGAAGAAGAGCUGGAUCGUUAAUGCUGAGGAAAGGAGAGAAAAGCACUGACAUUGUCAUGUCAAUAUGGUUUCAUACAUUCUGACAAAAAUAAAAUGUGAAUGCUGAAGCACUUUUUACAGAUUAGAAUCAAUAAGUUUAUAUAUUUUUGUAUAUUUUGUCAAUUGUAAAGUUUUGUGAAAACAACAAUAAACUUUCCA